AGGAAAUAUGACAUAAGCAGAGAACAACAAAGCAAUCGGAAUAGCACCCAUUAUUUCUGCAACUCUUCUGUAAUCACGUGAAAAAGCAGUCAUUUGAUUGGUAACCAACCCGCGAGCGAUGCCACGGCAGUCCCAUGGCAUGUAUUAGCCAAUCAACAAGUUUGACUAGUUGCCAGUGCCUCUGAGCGGGUCUCUGUUGAACCCGACACGGAAGUGGAUGGUUGGGAUGAGGAAGUCAGCCUUGGAAAGGGUGGAAUUCACCGUAACCUUCUAGAGGUAACGGGACGUUUGGGUUCACUCAGAUUGCCUGUUGAUUUUGGAAUAUGUCCGUCUUGUACUCAUCGUGGUCUCUCAUUUAAGAAUCAUGGAGGAAAUGAAGUUAGGAACCCUAGAAGCAGAGCAGGUAGAAUCAGUAUGGACCAAUGGUGCUCUGGAAGCAGUAAUGAAAAUUAUACUGAAUGCAACAGAGACUCAACACAAUCACCGAUUGUUUCUCAACUCUCUUAAGCGUUACAAGACAUUCGAGGAAGAACUGGAGAGUAAAAGCGGCAGAGGAGUGCAACUUUUGAUGUCUGGUAGUGUUGCAGAGAACUUAUAUGCAAUCCACUGGGUUUACAAAGAUGGGAAAAGGGAGGCAAAUAAUGAUAUAGAUGUCAUGCUUAUCGAUUGCUCAAUGGUGGUUGUUGAAAAUGAUUUAAAGUUGGACGGUAAGGACACUGAAACAAACCCCGUUAAAUCUACUCAACCGGAAUAUUUUUAUACCUGUAUAGCCGAAGAUGAGAGAGAAGAAGUUGCUUGUGAGGCCUCGAGUGACAAAUUUGAACGUACGGAAAAACAUGUCUUCUUGGUUCCAAGUAGCCAUCCUGGUUAUGUUCAACUGAGUACCGUCGACGAGAAAGGAAAUACAACAUUUUUGACCACAGAGAGCUUCAAAAUGUUUUGGUCUGAGGUUGUUAACAAGACUGCACUUUAUUCCCUAGUAAGUGGACCACAGCUCCCUGCAGGUGGGGUCGUUAUUAGUGGACCAGCUGUGAAUAGACGGGAUCGCCCUGGCAGAAGAAAUCAUUAUCCUCAUGACUAUGUCCCAUGUUUGCGCUGUGAGAGAUGGACAACCUUAGCAGGUGGAUGGGCAGACAGAACACGUGCUUUUGAUUGGCCUAGCAAAGAGCUUAUUUUGGAGAUAAUUAGUGAAGACUGUCAUGUUGUACCAGUGUUUUGUCAUGAUAGUGCAGACAGCAAUUUGAGCCAAACUGAGUGGAGACUUUGAUUUUCUAAUGCUGAGAAGAAGCUUAUACACUCACUGGCAAUUGAACAAUGCCAGAGCUAUAUCAUGGCUAAGUUGAUUAUGAAACAAGUCAUUCAAGAAAUGAAGGACAGUGUUUCAGGGACAACUGUGGAAAAAGCUCCAUCAUCAUAUCAUUUGAAAACAAUUUUUUUAUGGAAGUGUGAAGAGAAGCCUUUGGAAACAUGGAGACAUCUUCUUGAAUCAGUAGUUGAUUUGUUGAAAACCCUGGCUGAUUGUCUGAAGAGGGGAAGCAUUCCACAAUACUUCAUCCCAGAAAACAACCUGAUAGACCAAUAUAUCAAGAAAACCGAUCUUGCUUCUGUGGCUGAUGGCAUCACUGCAGCAGUAAAUAAUCUUCCUACAACACUACAUAAUGUUUUCCUUGCAGCAUACAACACUCAGCUUGACUAUGAUGGGAAGGUUUGCCCAAUACUAAGAAUUGUGGAAGGCCAAAUGAAAAUCUUUUGCAAGACUGGUGAAGCAGGAAAUAAGCUAUAUAUAUACUGUAUAUUGAACUCUCUUCUUGAUUCCCUAUCAGCAGCAACUGUUGGAACCUCAGAUGAGUCACGUCCUCUAGAAGACCAUAGAUACCUUUUAGAGAUUUAUUUUUCCUGUCAUGACACUACAAAAAGUGCUUUGGAAGUGCCCUAUCCACCUGUGUUGGGCGCAGCAGAAGGGGAAACAACUGUCAUGCUUUUGUUCAAGUACUUGUUGGAUUUAUUACAGAACAUACACAUUCUGAACACUUUAAAAACUGAUGUAUUUGCCUUUUUGACAAGAAUUUUUACCCAAAAUCUAGUCUCAUUGUCAGAGAAGGAAGUGUUUACCGAGUGCUGCGAAGCAAGCCUUGUCUUGUACCAGACUGUUUGUGACAAACUUGAAAUAUCCUGUGAAUCUGAUAUUUCGUGCCGUGAAGAGUUGAGCACCCUUGAUGGUAUUGACUUCAUUUUAUUUAAACACCCUGUUAUGGCUAAACAGAAUUUCUGUCAAUUUGCUUCAAAACGAUUCAGGAAGUUUCAAGAAAAUGGUGAUCUAGGCAAAGUGAAGACUUUAAGUUGGUAACAGGAAAAUUAAUUGUUGUAGAUAUAGGUAAUAACAUGAUUUCAAGUGCAGUUUGGUGUUAAUAUGAAAAUUGCAUUUCACAAGCCCAUAGGGUGAGAGUAAUUUGUAGUCUUUUCAAAGUUUUACAAGUGCCUAUUUACUCUAAAUUGCAUGAGAUUAAAUCAUAUUUUUACUUAUUAAUAAUUUACAUUAAAAAAAAGCAUACCAGUAUGUCAAGACAGACAAAAUUUUGACAGGGCAUGCACUAUUUGUAAUUUGCACUUGAGUUAUAACUUUGCACAGGUGUUACAUGAAAAAAGCACUUGUUUUCAGCCAGUUAGACACAAAAGUUUUUUCAUGUAUGUUACCAGUUAAAUAAUUGUAUUAUCUUGAAUUAAAAGAGACAGACUUAGAACCAGAAUAAGGGGAAUACAGCUUGAAAAUUUUGGGAGACAUCUGCCCUCUAGUUUUCCAAAUCGUCACCCAAUUUAUUGACCAAUUAAUUUUAUCCAAAUAAAUUUGAAAGCAUAAGCCCAAAGCAUUACCAAAAUGUG